AUGUCUACCCCAAAUUCAAAGAAACAAGAAGAACCUGUUGUUGUUGAUUCAACAAAUUCAUGUAAUGAAAAUAAUAAAUGUGAAAAAUGUGCUAAAUGUUUAGAAAAUUUUAAAAAUAAAUGUUAUUGUACUACAUCUGCUUGUUUUCAAAAAGUUAUUGGUUGUGGUAACAAUAUCUUAGUCGCUUUAAAGAACCCGGUUGUAGCAAUCAACGUUUUAAUUGGUGCUGCUUCAAUAACCUCGGUAUUAUUAGGUUAUAUUAAAUACGAAAAAAGAUUUUUAGCUGAUAAACCUGAUAUGUUUAUUGUGGGUUCAGUUGUUGGUAUCGCUGGUUUACUAACUGCUGAUUGUUUCUUAUCAAAAAAAUAUUACAAAAAAUUUGAUAAAUCAAAAUAA